AUUUGAUUAUUUAUUAAUUUAAAUAAAUAGAUAAAACAUUUUGAUGGGCCUACCUCUUUAACCCAGCUUCCCAAGCCUGUUUAUUUAGCCCAGCAACACCCGCCCAAACCUAUUUGAAGGGCUUCAAAACUUACUAUCUUCAUUCCUCAUUUCCUUCCUCUCUUCUCUGCGUUUGCUCUUCGUCAAUUUCACGAAGGUACUUCUGGAUUUGAUGGCUUCUUCAUCCCACAUUUUGGAGGAAGAGAAAGAAGAGAUAGAUUCAGAUGAUGAAUUUUUUCAAGACGGUUACCAUACUAUCACUAAAAAAGAAGAGAUGGAAUAUUUUUGUGCUGUCAAUGAAUCCCAGGGUUUUGAUGUACCAUAUUUUGGUGCCGUCUAUGCAUUUGGUCUCAUCACUCCAAUGAAAUUGCAUGGGUUCCCGGAGUUGUUUAAAGAGGUUCAAAUCUCAGCAAAUGAAGCUAUCAAACAUUACAACAGCGAAAAUGGAACUAAUUUUGAAGUUGUAGACAUUGUGAAGGCUAAUCACGAGGGGUGCUGUGGCUCAAUGUAUUACAUCACAUUUAAUGUGAAGCCGAUUGGAACUUCAGCAGAAUUUCCCUCGAUAACCUUCCAAGCUAAAGUUUAUUAUGCUAUUCCUAUCAAAGAUAUUAUAGAAGUUGAACUUUGCAGGCCAAAGCCCUCUAAUUAGCAAGAGAUAAGCUAGUCAUUACAAGCUUUUUAACAUAAUAUUUUGUUUGGUUAUGAGGUCACUUUGUACUGU